AUGGAGUCAAUGCUUUCUUCCAAACUUGGCCUCGCCGACGUCGUUGACAAGUUGCCGGGAUCUCGUGUUUUGCUUCGGGUGGAUUUUAACGUACCCAUAAAGGAAGGCUCUAUCCGAGACUGCACACGAAUCAAGGCGACCGUUCCCACCAUCGAAUUUUUACUGAAGCACGGAGUCAAAUCGAUUAUUUUGAUGUCCCACCUCGGUAGGCCAAAUGGUUCGCGUGUAGAGAAGUACUCCUUGCGCCCAGUCGCUGCUGAGCUUUCUAAGAUUCUAAACCGAAAAGUGGAAUUCCUAGACGAUUGCGUAGGCGCCGCGGUUGAAAAGUUCUGCAAGGAGGCGCCCACGGGUACAAUUGUCUUGCUCGAAAACUUGAGAUUCCAUGCCGCCGAAGAGGGAGUGAAGGACAAACUGAAGGUUGGUGAAGGCGAGGUCGAAGCCUUCCGUAAGAGCCUAACGGAAUUAGGGGAUAUCUAUGUUAAUGACGCAUUCGGCACUGCACACAGGGCUCACAGCUCCAUGGUUGGUGUUAAUGUGCCAUUGAGGGUCGCAGGUCUCCUCAUGAAAAAGGAACUAGAUUAUUUUGCGAAAAUUUUAGAAACACCCAAGAGGCCGUACCUCAGUAUUUUAGGUGGUGCAAAAGUUAAGGACAAGAUCCAGCUCAUUAAGUCACUCUUGCAGAAGGUCGACAUAUUAUUCAUUGGUGGUGGAAUGGCGUACACUUUCAAGAAGGUGCUUGGAGGAAUGACAAUUGGGAAUUCGUUGUAUGAUGCUGAAGGCGCAGGCAUAGUCCCGGACAUAAUGACCGAAGCCAAAACCCGCGGUGUCAAGGUUUUCUUUCCUGUGGACUUUAAGGCAGCAUUCGGUUUUUCAAACGAAGCGCCAUUCAAAUUGGUAACUGAGGAGGAAGGUAUUCCGGAUGGUUCCGAGGGGCUUGACUGCGGCCCUAAAACUGUGGAACUUCUUAAAGGUGUAGUCGAAGGGUGCCAAACCAUCGUGUGGAAUGGUCCUCUUGGUGUGUUUGAGUUUCCCAAUUUCGCGGAAGGUUCUAUAGCUGCGUUGGAUAUCGUUGGAGAGGCCACGAAGAGAGGUGCCAUUAGUGUUAUUGGUGGCGGGGACACAGCAUCCCUAGCCGAACAGAAGGGGAGAGCACACCUUUUCAGUCACGUUUCUACCGGAGGAGGUGCCUCACUUGAGUUGAUGGAAGGUAAAGUCCUUCCGGGUGUAGGCGCUCUUUCCUCUAAGUGA